AUGAUAUGGGCCAGUUUGGCGAGGAGCAGGAGGAGCAGGUGGCAGUAUAUGUGGCAUUGGCCACCAAAAGCGGCUCUGCCAGGUAUUGGGUUACCAGACACUUGCACAUUUCUGCACCGACACCGCAGGCGAGAAGUUCUAGUCCUCCAGGAUGUACACAACGGGCAAAGAGCGAUCCGGCCAGGAGAUUUCUUCACAGGAUUACACGAUGCAGCAGCAACAGCAGCGUACUGCGUCCAAGGCUGAGUACCCACCUGCAGAAUCUGCAGAUCGUCUAAACCAGCAGUUAAGAUCUCAACCUGCUCAGGAGUAUGUAUCGUAUAAUACAAACGAAUCAUCUGUGGCAGGAAGCAAACAAGAGCCCAGAAAUCAGGAUAGUACAUCCUUUAGUUCAGAGGUUGUGAACCCAGAUCGCUCUAGGCAACAGUUAAGAGUCCAGCAGAAUCCGGAGUAUCUGGGACCUUCCUACGAGGCAUCUAGAGAUCCACAGAGAUCCCAGCCAGCUGCAGACUACUCAUAUGAGAGACAGUCACGUGCUCCUCCGGCAACCACAAUUGACUACACCACCGGCUACAAUGCACCACCCAAAGAUCGCACUCUUUCACGCAGCAAUUCCAGACCCACCUUCUUACCCAACCCUAAUCCAAAUUCCAAGCUCCAAAGUAUACCCAAUCCCGAGUAUGUGCGACCACCACCACAGAACUUUGUCUUGCCACCGCAGAUGCGUCCAGCUGUGGGCCCGCCACAGCCACGUCCUCCGUUCGCCGGAGCCAGGCCGAUGGUGGGCAUGGUCGGAGGACCACGUCCACCCAUGCCACCCAACAUGGCGGCCAGGCCACCACCGCUGCGCACCACAGACAGCAAGAGCAACUUGCUCAUGGGUCCUGGUCCACCGGGAAUGCGACCGGGAAUGCCGCCGCAACUGAACAUGCAGCAGGCUCGUCUGCCCAAUGCCGGAGGACCACUGAGUCCGCCGGGACAGGGACCUCCAAGGCCACCGGGAGGAUUUCCCUGGAAUCCAGCUGGGGCACCGGGAAUGCCGCCUGGAGCUCGACCUCCGCCGCAGAAUAUGACGCGACCGCCACCACCCACUUUUGCACGCCCGCCGCCGGGUCAACCCCUGCAGGCACCGCCCUUCAAUCGACCGCCCUUCAACCAGCCGCCCAUGCAACAGCAACCACUGCAGCAGCAGCAACAGCAACACAUGCAACAGCAGCAACAACCACCGCAACAACUACGCCCUCUUUCGGCAGCCAGUGCACACAACAACAACGAUGACGACGACGAUGUGGUCAUGGGUCCCGCGGUGACCCCGCUCAAGACCUUCAACCAGAGGCCCGAUCCCAUGGGGGAACCUCUGCUGGAAGACGUUGAACCACCCUUCGAGACGAGCCCGCCAACGGGAGAGUCCAAAAAGGGGCACGGCUUUAGGGUGACAAUGACAGCGGCUGUGGAUGAGUCGACCCAGGAGAGGUGAGAUCGCAACGGACCCAUUUCGCCCAGUUCACCGGUCAAGACGCCCACCUCGACCUCAUCGAAGCCGGGACAAGUCGGGCACGUCGCGCCCACGAGUGCCACGCCCUCGAACAAAUCAGCCCCCAAGUCGCGCGGCGCCUCCAAGAAUCGCUUGCUCCUCAAGACACCAGAACCCGAGCCACCCAGAAAGGUGGUUCCAAUGAACAAGGUACAGGUUGGACAUGCCCCUUCGCCAAACUUGAAGGCGGUACGUUCCAAAAUCGGUUCCCUGGGACAAUGCCACCUAUAAGCCGGGUGUGGCCACGUGAAGAUUGAGUCCAAGAAGAUUGACAUCAGCGCACCACGUAUCGAGGCCAAGAACGACAAGUACAUGCAGGGCGGCGAGAAGAAGAUAGUUACAACAAAGUUGCAGUGGAAUGCCAAGUCGAAAAUCGGUUCGCUGGAGAAUGCCGCCCACAAGCCAGGAGGCGGGGACAAGAAGAUCGAGACCCUGAAGAUGGACUUCAAGGACAAGGCCAAGCCGAAGGUGGGCUCUACGGCCAAUGUGAAACAUCAGCCGGGUGGCGGUGAUAUCAAGAUCCAAACGCCAAAACUAGAAAUUAAGGCACAAAGCAAAGUUGGCUCUUUGGAUAAUGUAAAGCACAAGCCCGGUGGCGGUGAGAAGAAGAUUUUCGAUGAAGAUUAUUUGAAAAAUGUUGAACACUCUGUUGCACUGACAACACCACCAACACAGAGUCCACUACCAUCCAUGACGGCUUCUGGCGCUGAUGAAAAUUUAAAUCAACAAAGCUAAAUGCCCGAAAAAUGCAUGUCGAGCUGAAAAUCUGAAUCUUUCUUUGCAAUCUAAGAUCGAAAGUGAAAAAUGAACAUUGAACAACCAGCUAAUUUGAAAAGUACUAUCUAAGCAAAAUCCACACAAAGCAAAAACCGAGAGUUAUGCGCUAAUUUCCACACACCCCACAUACCAGUACCAGUACCAGUUUAUAAGAUCAGAACAAUUCGAUAGAGGUGCAAGCACGCAAUGAGAUGCAGAUACUCGUACAUCUACACCACAAAAACACCCCACAUAGAGCGGUAUUUGGUAUACAAAUCGAAAGUAUAUUUGACUAGUUGAGCAAUGCACUCUUUAUCAUCAGAUACCAGACAUAAAUUAUAUAUCUCAAUGUAUUACCAGAACUUCAUAUAUACAUACAAAUAUAUAUAUAUACAUAAAAGUAUCUAAAUAUUUAAGCAAAUUAUACAAGAAUCGUACGAAUACACUGUGUGCUUAGUUGAAAAUGUUACCACUUGACGUCUAAAUGUUAAACGACUAAGAUAAUGCGACCCAUUGAUUUGUAAACCGUUUAGAUACUUUUUCGACAAAUAAAAAUGAGAAACCAGACAGAACCGAACCGAACGAACAGAUAAAACCACGUAUAAGCAUAUUUUUACUAUUAAUUUGUAUCUUAUUAGUCAAGCGCAUCAUUCUCACGAUUUAUUUACACCCUGUUACAAAAUGUAAGAACAAUGGCAAAAUUUAAGCAUAAUAAACAAACAAAAAAAACGUUUUUUCAUUUACCA